AGGACUUGCCAGAUGGUCAAGGAUUUUGUGGAGCUUCCUGGACGCUCCGGGUCAGGUGGGAAGGAGGACUCGGGCGCGGCGCCCGCGGACGUGAAGCCGGAACUCCGGGCCUCCGCCCAUUGGUUGGCAUUUCGACCCCUGCCGGGGACUCUUUACUGCCCGCGUGGCCGCGCCCUCACGGAACUGGCGGACGCCGCUGCGGUUCGAGUCAUGGAGGUCCUUCCCGCGGGCAGGAUGUGGGACUCGCAGCAAGCCGAGGAGGCGGCGGGGCACCCGGCGGGUGAGGGCGACCCGGAGCCGCAGCCCGACGGCCGCACCAGCCGCACGGCGUCCCUAGUGAGCGGGCUGCUCACGGAGCUCUACAGUUGCACAGAGGAGGAGGAUGUGGCAGCCGGUGGGGACCGGUCCCAGGGCCGCCCCCUGCGCAAGGACAGCCUGGACAGCUCCACUGAGACCUCGGGUUCCGACGUGUUCCUGGGCGGCCGCGGCGCUGGCGACUCCCGAGUGCUGCAGGAGCUGCGGGAGCGACCGAGCCUGCGGCUCCAGAUGCAGUACCUGGAGCGGAAAGACUCCAGUGAGCUGAAGACCAUUCUUCGCGAGCUAAAGUCCAGGGUUGGCAUCCAGUCGGCAAAGUUACUCCGGCAGCUGAAGCAGAAAGACAGGCUUUUGCAUAAAGUUCAGAAGAACUGCGACAUUGUGACCGCCUGCUUGCAGGCUGUGUCACAGAAGAGAAGAGUUGAUACAAAAUUGAAGUUCACACUUGAACCAUCUUUGGGUCAAAAUGGUUUUCAGCAGUGGUAUGAUGCUCUCAAGGCAGUUGCCAGACUGUCAACGGGGAUCCCGAAGGAAUGGAGGAGGAAAGUUUGGUUGACCUUGGCGGAUCACUAUUUGCAUAGUAUAGCCAUCGACUGGGACAAAACCAUGCGCUUCACUUUCAACGAGAGGAGCAACCCCGAUGACGACUCAAUGGGGAUUCAGAUCGUCAAGGAUCUGCAUCGCACGGGCUGUAGUUCCUACUGUGGCCAGGAGGCGGAGCAAGACAGGGUGGUACUAAAGAGGGUGCUAUUGGCUUACGCCCGGUGGAACAAGAAUGUCGGGUACUGUCAAGGCUUCAACAUCCUGGCUGCCCUCAUUCUGGAAGUGAUGGAAGGCAACGAGGGGGACGCGCUGAAGAUUAUGAUUUACCUGAUUGAUAAGGUGCUCCCUGAAAGCUACUUUGUCAAUAAUCUCCGGGCACUGUCUGUGGAUAUGGCUGUCUUCAGAGACCUCCUGCGACUGAAGCUCCCUGAGCUGUCUCAGCACCUCGACACUCUUCAGAGAACUUCAAACAAAGAGAGCGGAGGCGGAUAUGAGCCCCCGCUCACCAAUGUCUUCACGAUGCAGUGGUUCCUUACGCUCUUUGCCACGUGCCUCCCUAACCACACGGUUCUGAAGAUCUGGGACUCAGUAUUCUUUGAAGGUUCAGAGAUCAUCCUGAGGGUGUCGCUGGCUAUCUGGGCAAAACUGGGAGAGCAGAUAGAAUGUUGUGAAACAGCAGACGAGUUCUACGGUACCAUGGGGCGCCUUACCCAGGAGAUGCUGGAGCACGAUCUCUUGCAGAGCCAUGAGCUCAUGCAGACAGUGUAUUCGAUGGCCCCAUUCCCUUUCCCGCAGUUGGCGGAGUUGAGGGAGAAGUAUACCUACAACAUUACACCAUUUCCAGCCACAAUCAAGCCCACUUCAGUUUCUGGGCGACACAGUAAGUCCAGAGAUAGUGACGAUGAGAACGGCCCGGACGAUGAGGAUGCUGUCGCUAGUGCUGUGGGGUGCCUUGGACCGCUCAGUGGGCUCCUGGCUCCUGAACUGCAGAAGUACCAAAAGCAGAUUAAAGAAGGGACAGAGGAACAGACCCUGAGGUCGAACAACAUCGCAGAGCUGAGCCCAGGAGCCAUCAAUUCGUGUCGAAGUGAGUACCACGCAGCGUUCAACAGCAUGAUGACAGAGCGGAUGACCACGGACAUCAACGCCCUGAAGAGGCAGUACUCGCGCAUUAAGAAGAAGCAGCAGCAGCAGCUCCACCAGGUGUACAUAAGAGCAGACAAAGGGCCAGUGACCAGCAUCCUCCCAUCUCAGGCAAAUAGUUCUCCGGUGAUCAACCAUCUUCUUCUAGGGAAAAAGAUGAAAAUUACAAACAGAGCAGCCAAGAAUGCAGUCAUCCACAUGCCUGGCCACGCGGGAGGAAAAAUAUCUCCUGUCCCUUACGAAGACAUUAAGACAAAGCUCAACUCUCCGUGGCGGACUCACAUCCGAGUCCACAAAAAGAACAUGCCAAGGACCAAGAGCCAUCUGGGCUGUGGAGACACAGUAGGGCUAAUAGAAGAACAGAAUGAAGGCUGUAAGACCAGCAGCUUGGGGGCAGCUGAGGAGUUUCCCUCCAGUUGUGCAGUAACAGCUCAGAGUGAGGGCAGCAGCGGUGACAGCGUCACUCCGAGGACAAUCGAAGGGCAGUCUCCAGAGCCCGUAUUUGGGGAUGCUGACGUUGAUGUGACUGCAGUUCAGGUGAAAUUAGAAGCCUUGGAACUUAACCAAAGGGAUACCACGGCAGAAACUGAGUCCAAGGGGCAGCGGCAUGCCCCAGAGUUAGUCGAUGCCCCUGGAGAAAACCAGACUGUCAGCAAAUCUCUCCCGGGAAGCAACUCAAAACCCCCCAUCUUCAGCCCCUUCCCCAGUGUCAAGCCGCUGCGAAAGUCAGCCACAGCCAGGAAUUUGGGAUUAUAUGGCCCUACCGAAAGAACCCCAACCAUGCACUUCCCUCAGAUGAGCAGGGGCUUCAGCAAGUCAGGCAUGGGGAGCAGCAGCACCAAGAAGCGAUGACGCCUCCUAGUGGUUGGCUCAGCGGCUAGACUCACAAGGCGAGGCAUGGUGGCUAAAGCAAGCUAGCCAGGCCCUUCCUGUUUCAUUUGUCCAAUAAAAAACGAACUGAGAGGUUUAAAGCUGAGCGCCAACAGCCCUAUCCAAACGGGUACCGGAAGCUCCGUGGUGGGAACCAGAUGGGACCUUUUCCCACCUUCUGGGUAACUGGUCAAGUGGAUUCUUGUGACUAAAUAAAUCUCGUGCUUCUCAAGUAUGGAGUUUCCCCAAUUUUCCUUGUGAGCUCUUUAGAAAAGACAAUCUGUAGACUGUUAAGUCCUUUUCUGGCCUUCUCAGAGCCUUUUUGGGAUCCCUGAAACAACACAUUCCUUGGCCUUUCCGUCCUCUGGACGUCACUUACUAAAGCAUGAACGAAUACCAGCUUGCUAGAACUAAAACCGUAGAAAGUAAGCUUCUUAGUUGCAAAAAACUUCUGAUGUUCCUCUUUCUGCUCUGUUGGGGACGGGAGGGGAUUUGUGUGUGUAUGAGCAAGAGUGCCUGUGUGUGCGUGUGUGAGCAUGUGCAAGCAUGUGUGUGUGUGUGUGUGUGUGUGCGUGCGUGCGUGCGUGCAUGCACGCGCCUGUAUACUUUAAUACUUGUCUUCAGAUUAUUUUUUAUUUAUAUGCUAAAGCAUAGCAGAAAUGUCAAGAUAGCCUUUCUGUAACUUUCUAUUUCUACCCGUGAGAAGAAAACCUUUAAAUCAGUUGAAAUUGAAGUUAAUAACCAAAUCGAAGACCAUAUGCAGAGAUCACCUUGGGCUAUGCAUUAAACAGCUACUCUGAACGGUUUGCUGAUUUCCACCUUUCCCAAGGCUCAUUUUCUUCUCGCAAGGAUUUGAUGGGCUCUGUGUGGAACUUGAGCAUCCUCUGAACGUGGUUCCGAUAGCUACCAGCUCUCACUCCAUUGCAGAUGCGCAGCUCAAAGCCAGGACACCGCACAGUGACUGUUACUUGAAUUUUGUGGUUUUGGGUUGUGGUACUUUGUUACUUGAACACUGCCUUUCUCUGGAGAAGCCCCUCUUCCCCUAGUUCUUUCUAUCUUUCCACUCCUACCUUGGUCCCAGCAGAUCGGAGAGAGCAUCUCUUGUCUUUACUAUGCAGUCCGGAACUCUGAGCCACACAGGUGAAACGGCACUUCAGUAACUCGAGGUAAACAAUCCAGUGUGUCACAGGACCUCACUCUGUUUCUUCUAGUACGAUAACCUGGCUUACUGCUCUUUGUCCACGAGUACUGACUUCAGAGCUUGUGGGAGCUGCGACUAGGAAGCCAUUUAAUACACAGCCUCCUGACUCAAAGGCUCUUUCUCUAGAUGGUAUAGAGUCCUGUGUUCACAGAAGGAGCUGUGAAACUGCCUCACCUUGAAAAGUUAGUUCCUUUUCAACAUGCUUCAUGCGUCUAUCCUUUGGAAAAAUGAAGGGCUCUCCACUCAGGCUCCGCCGUCAUUAGCCCAAUACGGCGCCAUCUUAACCUUCCUUCCCCAAAGCCUUUGGCAGUUCUGGGAGGAACUCUGUUGAAGCCGGUAGCGUUGGUUCGAGUGAGUUGCUUUGCUAUUUCUGAAGCCAGGGCUGGUUACAGAAGGUUUUUUUUUUUUACAAUGAGAAGUACUCAUUUUUUAAUCACAUAGAGUAGAGUUGUGUGGGCUCUUUUGAAUGAAAAGCUGCUACAGGACUGACACAUUUUAUCCCCCACAUAGUAUUUUUACCGGAAAGGACCGGAAGAUGGAAUAGCUAGAAGUCAUUACAGUUUGUUUGGUCCUGGAGUUCUAUCUGAAGUUAUCAGACAGCUUCCUCUGCCUGGAGGGAAGGCCGUGGGUGGGGGUGGGUGGCCUUACUUUGAAUGCCAUCCCCAGGUGAUGCGACCCACUGUUUUCCAAAGUUAAGCACAAGAAAAGAAUUUCUUUUAUCCACUAAACUUCAUUUACAAUGACCCCCUCAUUAUCUUCUUUUUCCUUGAUAAUUCAAAUCCCCCCACACCCUCUGGAAGCCUGACUUGAAUAGAAAAUGUUUCUCUCCCAACCCAGUAACCUGGCUCCCUGAGGGUCUGGGUGUUUGGAGGGAGGAGAUGGGAAAUCAGGUGGGGCUGUCUACCAACUGUUCUCUCAGUAUCUCUUCCUGCUAUGUCUUCAGAAAGAGCCCGGUGAGACAGCACAGGGUAUGGAUGAGUAUCAGUUGUACAAAUAGCUGGGAGAAAAAACAUUUUUUUUUUUGGUGGUAAAAAUGACCAAGUCGACUUAGGAAACCCAACAGACCCCUGUUAAAGCUCUCUGUACUGACCAUGCGCAUGCACCAUGCCAGGCAAUCACAAUGUGAACUGAUGGACUUCUUAGCCUUGCCACUUAGAACAAGAACUCUGUAAUAGCCUCCCCUCCCCCAACCCGCAGCAUGUACAAAGGGGGCGGAUAUGGACUGGCCGUCUUCCCCAAGUGUCGGAGACUGUAUGCGAACACCGGAAGAACUUAAUAGUUGCAGCUAUUUCCAAGUCUGCCUGUACCCUUUUCACACUUUUCUGGACAUCAACUGCACCUCAGUCCUCUCCAAAAAAAAAAAAAAAAACCGAUCUAGAUCUAAACCUAGUUUGUAAUGUUGACCUAUGGCUGUAACUGUUUGGAACGAUGUUCUCUCUCUCAUCUGUCUUGUUCUGGAGAACUGUACUGAUCACAGAUAAUAUGCAUAAAGAUUCUCACUGUU